AUGAUUUGUCCCAGACACUUGAGAGUUUUCAUCAGUGUUGUUAUAUGCAUCUUGAUUAGUACAACCAGUGGCAGAUCCAUCUAUAAUGACUAUAUGCAGCAAAGAAAGCAGUUAAUUCAAGAUGACAGCAAGUUGAGAAUCGGAGGUAAAUUGGUGCUAAGGUCAGAUGAAAAGCUUGUCAGUGAUUUCUUUAUGAAGGAAAAAACCAAGAUAAUCGAAUCAAGCCGACAAAAUCUCACUCUGUACAUGCCAGCUGUUAGUUUUUUCUUGUCUAAGCCACAGAUAGAUAACUCCACUUUGCUCAAGUUAAUUCAGCGAAUGCCCAAAGGUGGUGCUCUUCACCUACAUGACAUGUCCGUGACAAGUCUGGACUGGUUAAUCAAGAAUGCCACCUAUAGAGACAAUGUCUACAUGUGUGUGGGUGAUGACAGUUUGAUCAACUUUCAUGUUUUCAAGAGCCCACCUAAACACUCAGAUUGUGUCUGGCAUUCUGUAAAGGAUGAAAGGGCAAAAGCAGCCAGCGUGGAUGACUUUGAUUUAAUGCUGAAGAGAAAUCUGAGUCUCCUGGCCACUGAUCCACUGACAACAUACCCGGAUAAUGCUCACAUAUGGAUUAGAUUUGCCCGCUAUUUUCUCCAGGUAUACAACUUAAUCUUCUACGCUCCCAUCUUCAAAGACUACUAUUGGAGGACCCUUGAAGAGUUCCGAGCAGACAACGUUCAGUAUAUUGAACUGAGAGGCGCCAUGUCUGGAGUGUUUGAUCUAGAUCAUACAGUCCACAAUGAGGAAUUUGGUGUGCAGUUAUACCAGAAUGUCACAACUGAAUUUGUGCAAGCCUAUCCUGAUUUUGUUGGAGCGAAAGUCAUAAUGUCUGGUUCCAGAAAUUCCAAAGCUGUCAAAAUUCUUGACCAAGUGAAGACAGCAAUGUACCUGAACCAGAAAUACCCAGACUUUAUGAUGGGUUACGACCUUGUUGGUAAUGAAGCUGCCUACAACCCGCUUCUCUUUUACAUUAAUGAACUUCUAUAUCCAGCCACACAAAGUCCACCGUACAAACUUCCAUAUUUCUUUCAUGCUGGAGAGACAAAUUGGGAAGGUACAGACAUAGAUGACAACCUGGCAGAUGCAAUCCUGUUAAAUGCCACUCGUAUUGGCCAUGGUUAUGCCCUAAACAAGCACCCCAAACUGGCACAGCUGGUCCGGGCAAAAAAUAUACCAGUUGAAGUGAAUCCAAUAUCUAACCAGGUCUUGCACCUUGUAUCAGAUCAGCGAAAUCAUCCAAUGGCAUCACUGAUGGCUGACAACUUCCCAAUUGUCAUCAGCUCUGACGACUGUGCCACCUGGGAGGCCUUGCCCUUAUCACAUGAUUUCUAUGUAGCUUUCAUGGACAUGUCAGGGGAGGAUGCUGACCUGACCUUCCUCAAGCAACUAGCUAUCAAUUCUAUAAGGUACAGUGCAAUGAGCCAUAGUGAGAAACACAAAGCCAUGAAACUAUGGGAGACCAAAUGGGACAUGUUUAUUAAAGGAGUCAUCGAGGAAUACAUGCCAAGCUAUCAUUUGAAGUAA